AAAUAUAAGCUGCUGAUUCCGGGUAACUUUCCUGGAAUCAAUGAGGAAAUUGUAUCUGCAAACAGAUUUAGCACUGGUCAGCUUGUUGACUGGUUAGCUAACUUGUUCAACUUUUCCAGGUUGGUUGAUUUCUAACCUAUCUUUGCAAUUAGGAUAUUAUUUUGUCAAGUGUGAACUUCCUUGGUUGCAUACUGAAGAUUCUAAAUGUUCCCACCUUAUCCGUAUGUAGACAUACAUAUAGGGACAGAGAAGCUUAUCCUCUUGUAGAUAUCCAUAUAGAGACAGAGAAGGAUAUGGUAUUUGCAAAUAAACAUCAAUAAAUAGACUAACACAGGAGGAUUGGGGAAGAAGAUUUUGGGAAAAAUGUAUGUUGCAAGGCCACUUUCUGAGUACACAAAGAAUCCAGAUACACUUUCAUUACCCCCGGAGGGUCCAAAUUCGGGAUACUUGGUAAUUCAAGAUGAAGAAUCGGAGACAUAUUCUUGUUUUGGAUUGUGCAAGAAUCGAAUCGUCAGGGAUCUGCCGUUUCCUCAGAACAAGGGCUUGACAGUUCAGUACGUACAAGGUAGUGGUGAGUCCCAAGAUGUUUCCCUUGAUGAUGCUGUCUUCAUUCCAGUUCUCAACCUUCCUUUGUCUUCGAAUCGCUACUAUGUCAUCAAGCCACAUGGAAAUCACAAAGGGAAAGCCGUGACUUGUUCUAGAGAAGAAGACAAGACCACCUGCUGUUUCUGCCGUUGUGUUAAAGAUAUUAAACCAAGGCCAUUUGAUCCAAAAAACAUUUACCAACAAUUUGAGGUUUUUGUUUAUGAAGCAGCUUGCGUUGGCAGGGGUUACUUUUAUGCUAAAUCUGUUGCCCCUGAUGGUUUUCCUCCCUCUUUCUUGAGAAGAAAAGGGUGGUCAGUUCACACAAAAACUCCAAAACACUAUGAAUUAGACGAAGCUCCUGGUCUCAAUGCUGCUCUACGAGCCCGCCUUCCUGAAUUCAGUGUACUACCAUCGUAUAAGAGUUCUGAAGCAGUUGUAGUAGGCAAAUGGUAUAGCCCUUUUCUGUUUAUCAAAGAUGGGAUAGUGAAAGAUCAGAUGAAAAGAUCAAUGUUUUAUCAGGUGACUUUGGAGCAAAAGUGGGAGCAGGUAUAUUCAACACAGAAUAUCUAUCAUGAGGCGAAGUCUGUGUCCAUAGAUGUCACCAUUGAUCGAGAAGCUGUCUACAUUGCUGGCAACAAAGCUGUGUGGGAUGAGAAAAAUGUUGUUGAAGGAACAAUAUGGUUUAAGAGUUUUGGGAGAGCUGGAGAGGAAGCGACAGUUGGUCUGAGCAUAGAAUUAGUUCAAAGGAUGAAAUGGGAGCAAGAAAGAGCUGGAUGGCUAGGUGGGAACGAAAGGCAAGUGAGGGUGGAACGGAUAGAAUACUCUGGAGAAAAGGGUGAGUGGAGAGAAUUUGGAUGUUUUGUUUUGGUUGAGAGUUUUGUGUUUAAGAGAAUGGAUGGAAGUUUGCUAAUGACAUAUGAUUUCAAACACCCUCACCAGAUCAAGUGCACAUGGGAUUGAGUCUCUUCACUGUUGCAUUUGUAAACGUUCUAUUACCAUAGACUUAUCCUAGAUUUUGGUUUGUUUUCUUGAUUUGCGUUGGUCUCAUCCUUAAUUUUGGUUUGUUUUCUCCACACACUGCUUGUAAGACAAAAAAUCCGUAAAUAUAUAUGUAAGUAUGUGGUUAUUGAGGUCCAUAUAAAAUGUCAGUAUUUCAAGGUUA